UAAUCCCCCAAAACUCAGAAACACAGCGACAUCAUGUCCUUCGGAAAGACUGUUAAGCUCAACGACGGAAAGUCGAUCCCAGCCAUCGGCCUCGGCACUUGGCUCUCCAAGCCCGGUGAGGUUGAGAAGUCUGUCGAGCACGCCGUCAAGUCUGGCUACCGCCACCUGGACCUCGCCAAGAUCUACAACAACCAUUCGGAGGUGGGCGCUGCGCUCAAGAACGUGAUCCCUUCGGUCGUCAAGCGCGAGGAGCUCUUCAUCACCUCGAAGCUUUGGAACAAUGCACACCGGCCCGAUCUCGUCGAGAAGGCCUACGAUGAUACGCUCCAGGAGCUUGGCCUCGACUACCUCGAUCUCUACCUCAUCCACUGGCCCGUCGCCUUUGACUCGGGCGAUGACUUGCAGAAGCUAAUGCCGUCCGACGAUGACAAGUUCGCCAAGCUGGACCUCAAGACGACGUGCGUCGACACCUGGAAGGCCCUCAUCGAGCUUCAGAAGAAGGGUCGCGUCCGCUCGAUUGGUGUCUCCAACUUCACUCAGUCUAUGCUCGAGGGCAUCAUCAAGGCCACCGGCGUCGUCCCCGCCGUCAACCAGAUCGAGUCGCACCCGCUGCUGCCCCAGCAGGACCUCGUUGACUUCUCAAAGGAAAAGAACAUCCACAUCACGGCCUACUCGCCCCUGGGCAACGCCGUGCAGUAUGGUGAAAAGAAGUUUGAGAUCCUAACGGCAAAGGCUGUGACCGACGUGGCCAAGAAGCACAAUGCCGACCCGGGCCAGGUCUGCAUCGCUUGGGGUGCCCAGCGCGGCCAGUCGGUCAUCCCCAAGUCGGUUACGCCUUCGCGCAUCGAGACAAACUUCAAGCAGAUUGAGCUCGACGACGAGGACAUGGCAAAGAUUUCGGCCCUCCGACAAGAGUUUGAGACGCACCACCGAUUCAACAUUCCCGCCAACUACAACCCGACCUGGCCAAUCAAUGUCUUUGAUGAGACUGUUGAGCUGAGCCUGCCCAACAAGGUCAACAUUGGCGCUUAAGCUGAAGCACCUUAGUACCCCAAUAAAAAGGCAACGUGAAUGUAGAAGAGAG